CGACAGCGCGAAAUCAUUGCUCAAUUAGAGAAUCCGGCACAUCGCUCCAAGCCCAACCACGACGGCGGCGGCGUAUUCCUCCGCCUAACGCCGCCACGUGGCACUCACUGCCAUCCACUGACGCUCGGCCCCACCGGUCGCGGCCGCCUCGUCCUCUUUAAUUCCUCCCUCCGGUACGCCUGCCUCGUAGCCGUCGCCAAUACCGAAACAGUACGGCGGGCUAGGGCUGGUCCACUUGCAGGUCGAUGCAUUUAUGGCUGUCGGAUCAGCAUCGUGAUUCGAGAGGCCGCGCGAUUGGAAGGUUCGGUCUCUGAGGACUUCUUGCUGAAGUUGGAAGAGGAUCUUGCUUGCUUGUUGGAAGGUUGAAUUCACAGUUGAAAGCUGCUUUGACCGCACCAGGAUUAGAGGCCCUGGUGGAGAGUGGAGACUCGAGAGGCGAAGUUAUGUCGGGUCCGCUGGAUCGAUUUGCAAGGCCAUGCUUUGAGGGGUCCUCUGGUAAUGAAGAGAGAAGGGAAAGAAAAUCUGAUUUUGAGAACUCAGAGGAUGAAAGAAGGACGAGAAUUGGUUCGCUGAAAAAGAAAGCAUUAAAUGCCUCAACCAAGUUCAAACAUUCUCUCAGGAAAAGGAGCAGUAGAAGGAAGAGUGAUGGUCGAGUUAGCUCUGUUUCAAUAGAGGAUGUUCGGGAUGCUGAGGAGCUACGGGCUGUUGAUGCAUUUCGACAAGCAUUGAUAAUGGAUGAAUUGCUACCUGAAAAGCAUGAUGACUAUCAUAUGAUGUUAAGGUUCCUGGUAGCAAGGAAGUUUGAUAUUGAGAAGACCAAGCACAUGUGGGCUGAUAUGAUUCAAUGGAGGAACGAUUUUGGUGCUGACACUAUUAUGGAGGAUUUUGAAUUUAAAGAAUUGAAUGAAGUUUUAAAGUAUUACCCACAUGGUAAUCAUGGUGUGGAUAAGGACGGAAGACCUGUCUAUAUCGAGAGAUUGGGAAAAGUUGAUCCAAACAAACUUAUGCAAGUCACCACAAUGGACAGGUAUAUAAAAUACCAUGUCAAGGAGUUUGAGAGAAGCUUUGCAAUUAAGUUUCCAGCUUGUACCAUUGCUGCAAAAAGGCACAUAGAUUCAACCACAACAAUCUUAGAUGUUCAGGGCGUGGGUUUGAAAAACUUUACCAAAGGUGCCCGUGAACUUAUAAUUCGACUCCAAAAGAUUGAUGGUGACAAUUAUCCUGAAACUCUCCACCAAAUGUAUAUCAUCAAUGCCGGUCCUGGUUUUAGGCUGCUUUGGAAUACUGUAAAGACUUUUCUAGACCCCAGAACAACUUCCAAGAUCCAUGUUCUUGGAUAUAAGUAUCAGAACAAGUUGCUUGAGAUUGUUGAUGCCAGUGAGUUGCCAGAAUUCCUGGGGGGUACAUGUACCUGUGCUGAUCAGGGAGGUUGUCUCCGUUCUGAUAAAGGGCCAUGGAAAAACCCUGAAAUCUUGAAGAUGGUUCUUAAUGGUGGGGCUCGUUGCCGUAGACAAGUUGUUAAAAUUUUAAACAGUGAGGGAAAGGUGGUUGCUUAUGCUAAGCCGAAUUACCAAAUGAUAAAAAGCAGUGACACAUCCACUGGCGAGUCCGGGUCUGAAGCUGAAGAUAUUGCUUCCCCAAAAGCAACAGGGAGUUAUUCACAUUUUCGGCUAACUCCCGUUCAUGAAGAAGCUAAAGUUAUUGGCGGUGCAAGUCAUGCCAGUAGCUUCCCAGGUUAUGAUGAAUAUGUUCCCAUGGUUGAUAAGGCUGUUGAUGCUGGUUGGAAGCGACAAGCAUCCUUUCAAAAGCCUCAUGCAUCCACAGGGACAAUUCCACUACCUGAUACUCAGAAGUUGCCUGAAGGAUUCCAGGCUCGGAUUUUGGCAGUGUUUAUGGCCGCCUUCAUGACACUUGCCAUGCUCUUCCGUUCUGCAGCAAGCCAUCUAACCAAGAAACUUCCUUUCACUUCAUCCAAUCAUCAGAAAAAUACUAAAGAACUCUGUCUAGAUUCUGUACCCAAGGAAGAAUUUCGGCCCCCUUCACCAAGUCCAGCAUUUUCAGAGGGAAAGCUCCUCUCCUCUGUUCUUAAGAGACUGGGGGAGCUCGAAGAGAAGGUUGGCACGCUUCAAGCAAAGCCAUCUGAGAUGCCUUACGAGAAAGAGGAACUGCUGAAUGCUGCUGUUUACCGGGUGGAUGCCCUAGAAGCAGAGUUAAUUGCUACUAAAAAGGCCCUGCACGAGGCUUUAAUGAGGCAGGAAGAACUGCUUGCUUACAUCGACAGUCAAGAAGAAGCUCUGUCCCGGAAAAAGAAGUUUUGCUUCUAAGGGAUGUUGAUUGUGAAUGAGACACAUAUUUAUGAUUCUGAAGACUCUGGUUCCAGUACAUGCUUUUCGGUAUACAGCUACCAAUAUUUGACCUUGAAAGGGAUAUGUGAAGUUUUACUCGAUAUGUUUUCUAGACCAUAUUGCGAGAAUUGUGUGUAACAAUUUGUCAUACUUUGUUCUGAUCAGAGCAAAUGUUUUGUGAGUUCUCAUUUAUUUUAGGCCUAAAACGAGUCCUGAAAUGUUUGAAUAUUUGCUUGUGAGAAGAAAGAGUUUAUCAAAUCUUCUGUUGAAUGUGAUUUGAACU